AAUAAUUGCCAUUCCGCUCCAGACUCCGACGACAAAGUCUCCUGCGACUGCGCAGAGGUAGCUGACAGGGCCGGCUCAGCCCAUUGAUAUGCCCUUGAGUCCUGCCUUCCCCUACCCUGCUGCCUCAGCAGCAACGCCUCCACGGGCGCACCACGCGUAACGGCCUGUUGCGUCAUCACCUAGCGCCCAGAGGAAGAGGCGGGUGGAGUGGGUAGUUGUUGCCAGGCUACGGCCUGUGUCAUCCCUCCGCGCCACCGUCGACGGGCCGUCCCUUCUUUUCCUCUUCCCUCCCACCGCUGGCUGUGGUGUGUGAGGGACAGAAAACAAGCGGCUCCUGAGAGCGGUGACCAGCCGGACUGUCCCGUGGCUCCGUGGGUGACCUCUCGGCGCUCUCUCCAGAGGCAGAAGCGGCUGCCCUCACGCUCUCCUGCUCCCGCCUUGGCUCGGCGGAGCGACCGGACCCCGCGCGUAGACUCGAAUCACCCACAUGCCUGGGAGUGGGGCGGGAGCGGCGCUGAGCCUGGCCGUCCGGCUCCGCUUCCGCGCUGCCUCUGCUUGGCUGGGGCCCUAGCAGCGCCUACAGCAGCGCCUCGGAGAGAGUGUAUGCGAGCCAGAGCUGGUCUGGGGUGGCGGCCCGACCCACUCGCCGCCUCCCCCUCCAAGGCCGGGGGUGGCGGGACCGGCCCCGGGGGGAAGCGGCGGGCAGCGUUCUGGUGGAGGGGGCGGCGGCGGCUCCAUGCAAAGCGACCCCGGACCAGCUGCUGCUGACCUCCCCAGGAGCCGGAAGGCAGCGAAAGAGCUUCGGUGACCCGUCCUGGACACGCUAAGUGGUGAGCCUCAGAGGACCCCCCCCCACCGGUCGCCUUCCCCGAGUCGACCCUCCGUCGUAUCGAGCAGUCCUGCCUGGCCCUUUCGUCCUGGGCGCCACGUCGCGGGGUGAAGCACGAGUGGCUCCGGCAACGCGCUCCUAGGCGGUCUGAACAUUAAAGCCAGCCGGGCACCGCCGCCCCUGUUGCCCGCACUCCCGAAAAUGUGAAAGUAUUUGCAUCUUCAGAUAGUUUAGCCAAAGUCCAAGAAGUAGCAAGCUGGCUUUUGGAAAUGAAUCAGGAACUGCUGUCUGUUGGCAGUAAGAGACGACGAACUGGUGGGUCUUUUCGAGGUAAUGCUUCCUCAAGCCAACUGGAUGAAGAGCAGAUGAAUCGAGUCGUAGAGGAGGAGCAGCAGCAGCAAUUAAGGCAACAAGAGGAGGUACAUGUUGCAAGGAAUGGAGAAAUAGGUGGUGGGGAUCCUGGACUUCGUCCCAGAAAUGAAUCUCAGCAAGAACAAUUAGAAGAAAACAAUAACAGAUUUAUUGCAGUGGAUGAAGAAUACUCUGGCAACCAAGAAGAGGAGGAAGAAGAUGAAUAUGCUGGUGAACAAGAGGAGGAGGAAGAGAUGGAGGAAGAGGAAGAAAUGGACCAGGACAGUGAUGAUUUUGAUCAGUCUGAUGAAAGCAGUAGAGAUGAUGAACAAGCUAAUAGUAAUAGUGUCACAAAUUCAAACAGUACCAUGGACUUAGCAAUGCAUCAGCAGUCAUCUCCAUUCUAUGUAAAGUCAAAGAUGAAGAGAAAGUUAGACCAUGGCUCUGAGGUCCGUUCUUUCUCACUGGGAAAGAAGCCCUGCAAAGUCUCUGAAUAUACAAGCACUACUGGGCUUGUCCCUUGCUCAGCAACACCAACUACUUUUGGAGACCUCAGAGCAGCUAAUGGUCAAGGACAGCAACGGCGUAGAAUUACAUCUAUCCAGCCGCCCACAGGCCUCCAGGAAUGGCUGAAGAUGUUUCAGAGCUGGAGUGGACCAGAGAAGUUACUUGCCUUAGAUGAAUUGAUUGAUAGUUGUGAACCAACACAAGUGAAACAUAUGAUGCAAGUGAUAGAGCCCCAGUUUCAACGAGACUUUAUUUCCUUGCUCCCCAAAGAGUUGGCUCUCUAUGUGCUUUCAUUCCUGGACCCCAAGGACCUGCUGCAGGCAGCACAGACGUGUCGAUACUGGAGAAUUUUGGCAGAAGACAAUCUUCUGUGGAGAGAGAAGUGCAGAGAGGAGGGGAUUGAUGAACCAUUACAUAUCAAGAGGAGGAAAGUAAUAAAACCAGGCUUUAUUCAUAGUCCGUGGAAAAGUGCUUAUAUCAGACAGCACAGAAUUGAUACUAACUGGCGGCGGGGAGAACUUAAAUCUCCUAAGGUGCUCAAAGGCCAUGAUGAUCAUGUCAUCACAUGUCUCCAGUUCUGUGGUAACCGAAUAGUCAGUGGCUCUGAUGACAAUACAUUAAAAGUUUGGUCAGCAGUUACAGGAAAGUGUUUAAGAACACUCGUUGGACAUACUGGUGGAGUUUGGUCAUCACAAAUGAGGGACAAUAUAAUCAUCAGUGGGUCUACGGACAGAACCCUUAAAGUGUGGAAUGCAGAGACUGGAGAGUGUAUACAUACAUUAUAUGGGCAUACUUCAACUGUGCGUUGUAUGCAUCUUCAUGAAAAAAGAGUUGUCAGUGGGUCUCGAGAUGCCACCCUGAGAGUUUGGGACAUAGAAACAGGCCAGUGUUUACAUGUUCUGAUGGGUCAUGUAGCUGCUGUCCGGUGUGUUCAGUAUGAUGGCAGGAGAGUUGUUAGUGGAGCAUAUGAUUUCAUGGUCAAAGUUUGGGAUCCAGAAACGGAAACUUGUCUGCACACCUUGCAAGGGCAUACUAACAGAGUAUAUUCAUUACAGUUUGAUGGUAUCCACGUGGUGAGUGGGUCUCUUGACACUUCAAUCCGAGUUUGGGAUGUGGAGACAGGAAACUGCAUUCACACAUUAACAGGCCACCAAUCCUUAACUAGUGGAAUGGAACUCAAGGACAAUAUUCUUGUCUCCGGGAAUGCAGAUUCCACAGUUAAAAUCUGGGAUAUCAAAACAGGACAGUGUUUACAAACAUUGCAAGGUCCCAACAAGCAUCAAAGUGCUGUGACUUGUUUACAGUUCAACAAGAACUUUGUAAUUACCAGCUCAGAUGAUGGGACUGUGAAAUUAUGGGACUUGAAGACGGGUGAAUUUAUCAGAAAUCUAGUUACAUUGGAAAGCGGGGGAAGUGGAGGUGUUGUAUGGCGGAUCAGAGCCUCCAACACAAAGCUAGUGUGUGCAGUUGGAAGCCGGAAUGGGACUGAGGAGACCAAGCUGCUGGUGUUGGACUUUGAUGUGGAUAUAAAAUGAAGCUUGAAAAGAUUAUUUUGUCCAGAAAUGCAAAUGAUGUUCUAUGCUCCCAUCCUCCCUCUGCAACAUGGAAAAAAAACUUGUCCUUGGUGGUACAGGAUGUUGGCUUGGGGCAACAGAUCCUAACGACCUACAGACUACAGAAGGAGAAGACGGACGUUGACAAACUGUAACUGACAAGAGAGGCAUUUGCUGUCUCUUUACAUCAAAGGAUUCACUUUUGAAUGGGGCAGCUUUGCAGAAUAUGACUUUAAAUCAAGCCAGGUGCAAUUAUUUUUUUUGCGUUUUCCUCACAGUGCUCCUUGAGCAUUGUGGAGAUUUAAAAAGUUGUUACAAUUCUUGUUAACCCUGUUCUUUUACCACAGAAAACCAGAAAGGAGCUUUAUAACUCCAUUAUCAGUUAUUGAUUGUCUUUUCAAACAGACAGCAUAUAUGACAGCAAAGAAUCUUUUUCAAAUAUGGAAAAACUAAAAUCUUACUGUGAAUUGUUUUUGUACAGUUUUACGGCUUUUAAAAAGUUUUAUUUUGCCAACCAUUGCCAAUGUCAAUCACAGUAUUAGUCUCUGUUGAUCUAUUUACUGUUGCUUCCAUCUAUGUUCUUCAAUGUAUAAGUUGCUCUGAGGUGGCAAGUUGUCCAAGAUGUGGAGAUUCUUCAGAUGGAUUUAAUACAUGAUGCUGGUGCUAGAAGUAGGUCUUUAACUAUGGGAUUGUUGUCCCACCCCUGUACUGUAUUCCCAGUGGCCAAACUUAUUUAUGCUGCUAAAAGAAAGGAAAAAAAGCAAAUUAUUUUUAUUUUUUUUCUGCUGUGACGUUUUAGUCCCAGACUGAAUUCCAAAUUUGCUAUAGUUUGGUUACGGAGAAAAAAAGACUUUUUGCCACUGAAACUUGAGCCAACUGUGCCUCUAAGAGGCUGAGAGUGGAAGAGUUUCAGACAAUUUAGAGUGAAGUUUGCUUGCAAGUAAAGAAUUGAGAGUGUGUGCAAAGCUUAUUUUCUUUUCUCUUUUUUUCUGGGCAAAAAUUAAAACACAUUCCUUAGAACAAAGCUCUUGCAGCCUGUUCUGUGGGGAACGUUUCUUUUUGAGGGCUGUGGUGAAUGGAAAAAAACAGACAUAAUAAAGCUGACAAGAUAUUUUUUAAAAAAACAUACAAAACGUGAAAAUAAAAUUGCUGGUCAGUCUUAGUGUUUUACAGAAUUUGAGAAGAAUAACUGUUACAGUUUUAUGGUUGUGAGGAACUGACAAGACAAAAAUGCUUUAGUUUUUGUGAUAAAGUCACAUAAAAAAAGAAAGAAAUUGUCAAUUGGUUUGCCUCAUUCUCAAGAGCCACAACUCAAGCUGAACUGUGAAAGUGGUUUAACACUGUAUUCUAGGCGAUCUUUUUUCCCUUCCUUUUUUGGUUUAUUUAUAGUCUGAUUUUUUUAUAAAAAAAAGAAAUCAGAUUUCAGUUUGUUAAUUUUAGUUAUGUAACAACCUGACAGGAUGGAGGAAAACCGUUUAAAGGGAUUGUGUCUAUGAUUUGAUUCACUUAGAAAUUUUAUUUUCUUAUAACUUAAGUGCAAUAAAAUGUGUUUUUUU